AUGCCUUCACCCAACAGAAUCAUCACGGCCACUGCGGCUAUUGCCAGAGAGCGUGCUGGACGCCGUGGUGGAAGUCCUGCUUCACGCCACCCUCGCCCUGUUCAGCCUGACGAUGCCCCCGACGUUUAUGAAGCCAUCCUGCUCGCUCCUGGUGAGAGCAAGAUCGACGUCGAGCCUGACACUCGCCUGCCUUCUGCCGCCAUUUUCACCUUUCGCAAGGAAGACCACACCCUUGGCAACAUGCUGCGCACUCGUCUCUUGAAGACUGCCCACGUCGUUUUCGCCGCCUACCGCGUCCCUCACCCGCUCACUCCUGAGUUCCAGCUGCGCGUGCAGACCGAUGGCGAUAUCACUCCUCGCCAGGCUGUUAUCAACGCCUGCCAGGCUCUGAUCAAGGACUUAGGUAUCUUGUCUCAGGAGUUCACCAAGGAGUACGAGCUUCGCAAGGCUGCCAACGCUGCGAACCAGCAGCAGAACACUGCCGAGUAA